AUGGCUCCCUCAAAUAAUCAAUCCCAAAGCGUCGAGUCGGCUACAACCCUUCUUUACAAUUUCAGCCUUGCUGGUAUCACGAGGUCCAAUGACAAAUAUCAGCAACGAAUUUCCACAACUUCCCUUCCUACUAAAUUGAACGGAGCUGCUAAGAACAAGCACAGCACGCCUACCAGCAACCUAGUGGAUAGUCCCACAAUCAAAGAGGCACGUGAAGAGGUUUUUGAAGGACGAGGCACCAUGGAAAAAGCCCCUAUGACAUUAUUUAGGCGGCGAAGAAAUUAUCGAUCCCAGGUCAAGAACGAGUCAGAAGCUGGAUUUGAGUAUGGCGAUUCGAUGUCAAAGGGCCAGAAUUCAAAACACAUCAAUCCCCGAACUGUCCAGUUUAUGCUGCGACGAGAGCAAGGACUGAGACGAUUACUGACUUUGAGUGAUGAUCAGACAUCGCAUGCCGAAAUUUUGGCUGAAAUAGUGGCUAGGGACACUGCCAAAGCGGAUGUUCUCAACAAGACGAACACCGGCUCGAAGUAA